AUGGCUGAGGUGUGGAAUGCAAAGAUUGGGAAUUAUAGGGACAAACCUAUAAUGACAUUGUGUGAGGAAUUGAGGUGCUACAUAAUGCGAAGGAUGACAACACACAAGAGGAUUCUACAAACCUUUAGGGGUAAGAUAGCACCUGCACAGCAGAAGAGGCUGGACCAGUUGAAGGUUGCAAGCAAUUCUUGGACACCAACAUGGACUGGAAACUUGGUCCAAGAUCUCUACGAAGUAUCUGGAAAGGGUCAACGUGUUGGGGUGAAUUUAACUCAACAAACUUGUAGUUGUAAUGUGUGGCAGCUGACUGGAUUGCCUUGUGAACAUGCCAUUGCUGCCAUUGCACACAAGAAUGAACCUGUGGAAAAUCAUGUUCACCAAUGGCUGACAGUUGAUGUUUUGCAUGCCACUUAUGAACACACUCUCAACCCAGUCAAUUCCCAACAAUAUUGGUCAGCUUGUGAUGCCCCAAAACCACUUCCUCCACGCUUGAAAAGGCCUAUUGGACGUCCAAAAAAGCAUCGCAAGAAGGAUCCCACUGAAGAGCUUAUGAAGACCAACAAAAAGCUUAAAAAGACUUACACAGUUCAAUGCUCCAAGUGUGGUGAGACUGGUCAUUACCCCAAGACAUGUAAGGCACCUCCUGGUGGAUCAAAGAAAAAAACUAAACCGGUUAAUGUUGAAGUUGGCCAGUCAAGGACAGUUGAAGAAAUCAUCAUGAGCAUGAGUCAGGGCUGCCCUCCAGUAGAGACAAGCAGCCAGCAUGCACCAAAUGCACCUGAACCAAGAGGCAGCAGCCCACUACCAUGCAAUCCUGCUGAGGCAGUGAUCAGUGAGACAGCAGCUGCAGCUAGCAGUGGCACCAGAGCCAGAUUCAUGAGCUUCAUGACUACACCAGGAUUCAGGCCAACUAGGCCAGCCCCACAUAACUGA